UUGAAACUAAUUGUUCUUUCACUGACGUGGCUUUAGUGUGCUUCAAAAUGUCGGUUGAACAGCUACGAAAUAUUAUUUCACCGAAAUUUGAUCAUGAAGUCCUUUCGGACAUUGUUGUGAAAAAAAGUAAUUUGAAAGAUAUUCAAAUAAAAGAAAUUAAAAUAGAUGAGGGCUCUGCGAGAAAAGGAGACUCGUAUUUGAGCCAAAUUUGCCGAUUUACAAUUGACGCAACGGGAAAAAAUGAAUCACAUCAGGAAGAUAAAAUUUCGCUUCCAGUAAUUGCAAAGUUUUUGCCCAAAAAUCUCGCUCGUCGCAAAACCUACCGCUCCCCUGUUUUUUUCGAAAAUGAGGGAAUAUUCUACGAAAAAGUUUGGCCAGCCUUCCAACAGUUUCAAGACUCGAAAAACUUGUCCAAAAAAUUCGAAAAUAUUCCUUUAAUGCUUUCACAAUGGAUUGACGGUGAUAAUGAUUUCAUAAUUCUUGAAGAUGUGAGUCCACAAGGAUAUAAAAGUGCAGUUCGGGGCUCAGAUUUAGAUGAAAAUCACUCUGUGGCCAUCUUGAAAUUACUUGCAAACUUUCAUUCUUUGAGUAUAGCUUUCAAAGACCAAAAACCUGAAAUUUUUGAUAAGGCCGCCACGAGUUUAAAAGAGACAUACUUCGCUGAAAAAUACCGAAAUUGGUUCGAACCUUUUCUCCAAAAACUCUACAUCGUCGCCUUAGACGCAGUUGAAAAUGAAUUUCCACAACUUUUACCAAACUUAAAAAAAUACAUUUCUGGCGAUGUGUUUGGUAAAAUUUGCGAGGGUUGCCAACUCCGAGGCCCCUAUUCCGUCGUAACCCAUGGCGAUGUAUGGGCUCCAAAUUUUUUAAUUAAAUAUGCGGAAAAACAUCAGAUUAAAGAUAUAGUAAUGAUCGAUUUCCAAUUAUCACGAUAUACAACCCUCGCUGGCGAUUUAAUUUUCUUUUUACUAACUUGUGUGGACAUUAAUUUGAUCGAACAAAAAUGGAACUUUCUGAUUGAACAAUAUCACGUAACUCUAGCUGAAAAUUUGGUCAACUUAGGGUCCGACCCGAAUUUAAUAAAAUUAGAAGGGUUACAUAAAGAAUUGAAGGAAAGUAUGAAAUUUGGUCUAGGGGUCGUAAUAGAGUCCUUAAUUAUGUCACUUUUGGACGAAACUGAAGUUGGGGACCUUGAUGGGAUUGAGAAACAAACACCGAAUUUCAUUACUCUAAUCAUGUCGAUCCAAGAAUUGCAAAAAAUAAUUUCUCCGAAAUUUACGCAACAAGUCAUUGAUGACAUAAUAAAGAAAAAAAGUGGUUUAAGUGAUGUUAGUGUGAAAAAGAUCGAAAUUGGAGCUUCUUCAAAAAAGGGCGAUUCAUAUUUGAGCAACAUUUGUAGAUUUACAAUUGAUGCCAACGGUAAAAACAAAAAGGGGAAUGAAGAGUCAAUUUCAAUCCCAGUAAUUGUGAAAUAUUUCCCAAAAAACAUUGCGCGGCGAAAUACUUACCGGUCGGCAGAUUUUUUCGAAAAUGAAAUCAUUUUCUACGAGAAGGUUUGGAAUGCUUUCGAGAAAUUUCAAGAUGAGGCCAAAAUUACGAACAAAUUUGACAACAUUCCAGCAUUUUUGUCAGCUUGUUGUGAUGGCGAAAACGACUAUGUCGCUUUGUUAGAUUUGAGUUUUGAGGGGUACACAAGUGCGGAACGAGGAGCGGGUCUCGAUUACCCCCAUACUGUGGCUAUUUUGCAAGUGUUGGCCAAAUUUCAUGCCGUCAGUCUGGCCUUUAAAGACCAGCAGCCCCAGAAUUUUGAAACAGCUGCAACAUCGCUUAAAGAAACAUAUUUUUCCGAAAAGCUACGUCCCUGGUAUUCGAACUUCCAGAAACAGGUUUUUGUGGUUAUAAGGGAUGCAGUUGAGAAGGAGCUUCCAAGGGAAUAUUUACAAAAACUGGAUAAUAUUAUAAAUAAGGAUUUGUAUGGCUUGUUGGUCAAGUCUUGUGAGGUUAAGGGGCCCCUCUCGGUUGUUACCCAUGGCGACGUUUGGGUACCAAACUUCUUAAUUAAGUAUGAGGGCCCCAAAUUGGGCAAAAUCAAAAUGAUUGACUUCCAAUUGACCAGAUAUACAACUCUGGCGACUGACUUAGCAUUUUUCUUGUUUGCUUGUGUUGAUAUGACUCUGAUUGAGAACAAAUAUGAUGAUUUUGUCAAAAUUUAUCAUCAGAGUCUUAGUGAGAGUUUGGAAAAGUUUGGUUCAAGUCACAAUUUAGUGACGUUAGACCAGAUAAAAAAAGAACUGCUGGAUCACAGUAUUCUGGGUGUUGGUAUGUCUAUGGAGGCUCUCAUUAUGGCUCAAUUGGAUGAUGAUGAUGUGAGUGACCUAGAUGGGAUAAAGGGUGACCAAGCUGUUCCUCUGGAAAGUGUCUGGUUGAUUUCUCCAUUCAAGGCGAAGGAAAAGAGGCAAAGGAUCGCGAAAAUGAUUAAAUUUGCCGUCGAUCGAAACCUAAUCUAGGUUUUUUUUUGACCUAAAAAACUAUUUCAAUCCUCUUUUCUAAAAAAUAAAGUUUCUACACACUU